UUUACUUCACCAGUUGACCAUGUUAUCAUCAUUAUCAGAACUACCAAUUUGUAACUGCGCGACGACAUUAGACCAGACCACCAAACUAGUAUCAGAGAGACGACGAACGAAAAGCUAGGGCAGAAGAAACAAAAUAUAAUAUAAAAUAAUGAUCGAAAUGACAAAUAAAUAAUUAAUUGAUAUUAUCAUAGUAAUUACGUUAAGACAAUCGCCAUCGUCGUAUUUUAAAUUUUUCGUGAUAUUGUUAUUAUUAUUUAUUAUUAUCAUAUCAUUAUUAUUAAUUUUCUUUGUUUUCGUUCUCAUACCAUAGAACUGUCGAGUUUGGUUCUCUGUGCGCAGUUCUAAGUGGAUUCUGAUCGUUUGGUGCAACUUGAAGUGUGCCAAAAGCAGUACACGUCCGCAGUUGGUUUUUGGUACUGCGAUCGAUGUCGGAUGUUCCGGACGUCGUUGUCCGCUUGACGGAACGUCUUCUUACGGUGGUUGUUCGCUCAUAGUAUAACGCGCGUGACAAAUCAUAAAUAAAGUUCCGCCGUCCGUGUUCGUCCGCGUCGUCCUGAAGAGGUGUUCGCGUGAACGUUCGUUGCAUGCAAAAUGGGAGCGAAGGCCAGCACGGCCAACGGCGAUGACGGCGGCGCCAGUCAUGGCGAUCACCGGUCGUUCUCUUCUGGUAACGGGCCGGAUUCCGUGCAGACGGCUAGCAACCCUGGGUUUAGUAUUUUGCGUUCCCUGCCUAGCGCCGUAACCAAUGACAGACAGCGUGCCAGGUCUCUGUCCGGUGUGCCAAACGGUCAUGACAACAAUAGUAACUCGACGAGUCCACGGUUCGAUAUUACAGAUGUCUUGGAGGCUGACAGCAGCUCAAAUGACGACCAGAACUUGGACAGUCCUACGGUCACUGCUAAUAUUAGUCUUGGACGCGUUUACUCGGCUCAUUCGUUACCUGCACAUAUUUGGCCAUUCAAUGGAAUUAAGUGUCCGGUAUGUUCAAAGUUUGUUUUACCAGAUGAGAUAGAAGUACAUCUGGUUAUGUGCUUGACCAAACCUAGACUGAUUUACAACGAAGACGUUUUAAAAGAUGAUAAAGGUGAAUGUGUCAUAUGUCUGGAAGAACUGAUACAAGGUGAUACCAUAGCCAGGCUUCCUUGUCUUUGCGUAUACCAUAAAACAUGUAUAGACCGGUGGUUUGAAGUGAACAGAUCGUGUCCUGAGCAUCCCGGAGAUUGAACCGUUUGUAUACACAGACUUCGAACAAAAUUUGAAAAGGGGAAUAUAAAAUAAUACAUAUAACAAAUAAUUGUUGCGCAGCUAUAUAUAUUAUGAAUAAUGAUAAAUGUAAUAAUAAUUAUUAAUAAUGAUUAUAUUAUGGUUAUUGUUUUAAUUUUCUUAACGUCUACGAAAAGUAUGAAACGUCAAUACCAAACUAUAUACUAUUACCAUUUUUCAUUAUCAAUAUUAAAAUAUAUAAUUAUAAAUUAAUUUAAAAUAACGUGCACGGAAAACCAAUAAAUAAUGUCAAAAUUAUAUCUAUAAUAUGCUUUCAAUAUUUUGCAAUUCGGUUGUGUACAAAGGCUGAUAUUAGCGUUAAUUAUCAGUUUUUGCUCGAAUAUUUUUAUUUAUUGAUCGUGAAAAUGAUACUUUAACCAACAAAAUUAUUCCUAAAAUUUUAUUCUUGAUUAUGAGAUUUUUUUCUUACAAAAUAUUUAUUUUUUGUUUAACGCUUUAUAAAAUGUAUAAAGUUGAGUAAUAUUCAGUUGAGAUGUAAC